AUGUCUCUGUUCGGCGACGAGCCCGACUCGCCCGCCCGCCCCAAAUCCUCCCUGUUCGAUGACGAUGCGGCAGCGAAGACCAAUACCAGCUCCUCCAUGUUCGGCGACGACAGCACCGCCCCCGUGGAUGCUAGCUCGCCAUGGGGCUUCACCCCCAAGAAGAGCACGGGCAGGCGGAGCUUAGUCAAGUCGCUCUUGGCCAAUGCUGAUGUCCCCGAGCUCUACGUCGAUUCUUUCGAUCGCCUGCAAGCCGGUGGCAGUAUCUCUGCUGCUCAUACGAAACAGCUUCUGUCUGAUUGUGGAAUUAGUGGGAGCGCGCAGAAUCAGAUCUGGGACGUCGUAUCGAGUCGCGGCGAGAGCGCGACGUUGGGAAGAGAUGAAUUCAACGUCACGCUGGCCUUGAUCGGCCUCGCACAAGAGGGGGAAGAGUUGAGUUUGGAUGCAGUGGAUGAAAGACGUCGAAAGCUGCCCCUGCCCUCCCUACCAACACCAAAACCCACACAGCCCGCGCCUUCUUCACACUCCCCGGCUCAGUCCGGCGCCCAGGCCUCCCCGGAACGACACCGAGGCACGCCGAGAAAGCCCUCCUUCGGCGCUGCAUUUGGCGAAAACGAUCCGUGGGCGAGCCCGGAAAUGCACAAAGGCCAUGGACACCUCAACGGAGUGGGAUCUGCCGGCGGCCAGCGUACAACCAGCAGCUUCACCACCCACGCAGCCGAACCGUCGGAUUCCACUCCCACAGGUACGUACAACUCCGCCCCAUCGGGCAACAGCGAAAGUGCGGCAUGGGGCGGGCCCGGGUCGUUCGGCGCCGAAGGCGGGCUGGGAAGCUCGGCCGUGGGAGGAAGCGCGGGAGGAUUCGGCGAUGGCGACAAUGCCCCCACCGCACCCCAUCGUGCGGUACCUCCACGGGCGGCAAGUAAAGGGGCAGAGGAGGUGGUGACGGUGAACAUCUUGGACGAGAAGGAGGGCAUGUUCCUGUUUCAGCACCGGAAUUACGAAGUCGCCUCGGUUCGUCGGAACAGCAAGGUGAUCCGGCGGUACAGCGAUUUCGUCUGGCUCCUAGACUGCCUGCACAAGCGGUAUCCCUUCCGCCAGCUUCCACUACUCCCGCCGAAGCGUGUACAAAUCAACGGUAACCAUCUAGCCGCGGACUCGUCAUUCUUGGAGAAGCGCAGACGGGGUUUGGCAAGAUUUGCAAACGCAUUGGUGCGGCAUCCAAUCUUGAGGGAGGAGCAAUUGGUGGUGAUGUUCCUGACUGUGCCUACGGAGCUUGCUGUGUGGCGCAAACAAGCGACCAUCUCGGUGCAGGAAGAGUUUAUUGGCAAAACUCUGCCCCCGGCGCUGGAAGACUCGCUUCCCCAAAACCUGCAUGACACGUUUGACACAGUGCGUGCUGGGGUGCGGAGGUCGGCAGAGCUCUACAUUGGAUUAUGCAAUCUGGUCGAGCGGCUGAGCAAGCGAAAGGAAGUGAUUGCAUCCGAGUAUGCACGGUUCAGCCAAAGUCUCACCAGUGUGAGCGAGUCGAGCGCGGAUACGUAUGCGAUUGAUACGAAUGACGUACCUCUCCUGAACGAGGGCAUGAAGGGCACGGCCAAGCACCUGAGCACGUCGCAGGCGCUACACGAGGAUGAGGCGCGCGCGUGGGACGAGGGAUUGCUGGAGGAUCUGAAGGCGAUGAGGGACAGCCUGGUGAGCAUGCGAGACAUGUUCGAUCGGCGGGACCGGUUAGCAAGGGACAACAUCCCGCAGCUGGAACGCAAGAUCCAGGCAAACGAGCAGAAGUUGCAAGGCAUCAAGGCCAAAGGGCCGGCGGCGAAGGCUGGAGAAGCGGAAAAGGUGGAGAAUGCCAUUAUCAAUGACAAGCAAUCCAUCGUGGAGCAACAUGCGCGCGGGGUGUUCAUCAAGGAGUGCGUGCGGGACGAGUUGCUGUACUUCCAACACACGCAAUACCGCGUGUCGCGCCUGCACCAGGACUGGGCGCAGGAGCGGGUGAAGUAUGCGGAACUGCAGGCGGACAACUUCCGGGGGCUGGUGGAGGCGGUGGAGAGCAUGCCGCUGGGGGAGUGA